GAAAACCCUGCUGGGCUCUAUUUAUAUUCUUCUUUCUUCUCUUCUGAGAGAGAGAGGGAGAGAGAAAGAGAGAGAAACCGAAUCGAAUCCAUUGCCAUGGGGACCCCGGAGACAACACGCGAGCCCUGCCCUGAUCGCAUCCUCGACGACAUUGGCGGCGCUUUUGGCAUGGGAGUCGUCGGAGGCUCCGGCUUUCACUUCAUGAAGGGCUUCUUCAACUCUCCCAAGGGUUCACGCCUCGUCGGCGCUUCACAGGCAGUGCGUCUCCACGCGCCGAGACUGGGCGGAAGCUUUGCGGUUUGGGGUGGACUCUUCUCCACCUUCGACUGCACCAUGGUCUAUGUUCGUCAGAAGGAGGAUCCAUGGAACUCAAUCAUAUCUGGAUUCGCUGCCGGAGGAUUUCUCUCCCUGCGUCAGGGACCCGCCGCCGUCACGCGCUCCGCCAUGUUCGGUGGUAUCUUGCUGGCCCUUAUGGAAGGAGGUAUGAUCAUGGCUAACAAGGCCUUCUCUGCACGGCAGAUGCCGCCUCUCACGGAGGAACCUAUGCUGGCUGGUUACCCUUCAGGCGUCGGAUUUCCGGGUCAGCACGGUCCUCAGCCUGCUCCGCCGACGGCCUCGGAAUCGGAGGCUAAAACUUCUUGGUUUGGUGGAUUCUUCGGUGGAGAGAAGAAGGAGGAGCCGGCGUUUGGUGGAGGAAGCGAAACGAAGAUUCUGGAGAGUUUUGAUGCCCCACCGGUGCCGAAUUUCGAGUACAAGUGAAAGAAACAAAAAAGAAAAGGAGAAAUAAGUGGUCAUGGGGGAACAAAUUCAAGGGUUAGGAUUAGGGACGAGAUUCUUGCAUCAGCUAAGUAUAGUUUUCAAUUAAUUUGUUCUUUUUAGACUGCUACUGUUAUGCUAGGUAGCUUAAUUUUGUCGGGAAAUUAUGAACCUUUUAGAAGGAUAAAUGGAUUCAGGUGGUAGUGCACUCUGUAAAUGUUCUGUUUCGUUGUUCAUUCUUUCAUUAUUGCUUAAAGUUUUCAAAUUUAA